CUUCGAUUUAUUUUUUUCCCAUAUUGCAUUGCAGCUUUUUUCUACUUCCUCUUUCCGCCAUAUUGCAGAACCGGCAUCAUGGUGCGCAUGAACGUUCUCGCAGAUGCUCUGAAAUGCAUCAACAAUGCUGAGAAGCGUGGGAAACGCCAGGUCCUCAUCAGGCCCUGCUCCAAGGUUAUUGUGCGCUUCCUCACCGUCAUGAUGAAGCACGGUUACAUUGGUGAGUUUGAGAUCAUCGAUGACCACAGAGCCGGAAAAAUUGUCGUCAAUCUCACAGGCAGGCUGAAUAAGUGUGGUGUGAUCAGCCCACGUUUUGAUCUUCAGCUCAAGGACUUGGAGAAGUGGCAGAACAACCUGUUGCCCUCAAGACAGUUUGGAUACAUUGUGCUGACCACCUCAGCUGGCAUCAUGGACCAUGAAGAGGCCAGACGGAAACAUACUGGAGGCAAAAUCCUUGGAUUCUUUUUCUAAAAUGUAAAGAACUGCAAAUAAAAAAAAUCAACCAGAGGAAA